AAUACUUUGCCCUUGCUGUGACAGUUAAGGACUCCAUACUGUUGAGAAGACUUUUAAAUAGACGCGGCUCCUUAGAAAGAGUAAACGUCUGAAGAAAUCAUAGAUGAUGGCUUCUGAUGCUAGUCAUAUGCUGGAGGCAGCUUUGGAGCAGAUGGAUGACAUCAUUGCAGGUACAAAGUCAGCGACAGAGUAUGCUAAUGGUGGUUAUGAUAUUGUAUCGCCUGCUCCAUCAGUAUACUUGGGCACAUUUCAAAUUUUGCAUCUCCUGGAAGAUCUAAAGAUGGCAUUGGAAAUGCUAGAGGAUCCUCAAGAGAAAGAAGCGUUGCGAAAUCAAAUUCCGGGGGCCACAGCAGUGUGUAUACGGGAGUGGUUUGAAGAGAAUCUGUCACAGGUGAAUCAUCAUUCAUCUAAUAAUGAAACCUAUCAAGAAAGAUUGGCACGUUUAGAAGGUGAUAAAGAGUCGCUCAUACUGCAGGUGAGCGUUCUUACAGACCAGGUGGAAGCUCAAGGAGAGAAAAUCCGGGACUUAGAAAUCUGUCUUGAGGGGCAUCAGUUGAAACUGAAUGCUACAGAGGAAAUGCUUCAACAGAAAGACUUCUGUUAUCUUCCUGAGGAGUUGCUAAGUCGAACAUCACUAGAGACUGAGAAAUUAGAUCUGAUGGCUGAAGUUUCAGACCUGAAGAUUAAGCUGGUUGGUAUGGAAAAGGAACAGAGUGAAUACGAAGAGAAACAGAACAAAGCUGAGUCAGUAGUGAACCUGAUCAGUGAGCUACAGGAGCAGAUGUGUAGACUGCAGCUGGAAAUUAAUAGUAGAAUCCAAGAAAGAAAGUCUCAAGAUAGGAAACCAGACUUGACACCUAAUGGUCCUCAAUCUAGUCCAAGAUCAGUGGUAGAGACUCUCAGCCAGAAGAAUUGCUCUCGGUGUGAUGGUUUGCUACAGGAACUUAGACACCUCAAAAUUAAAGUGGAAGAACUGGAAAAUGAAAGAAAUCAAUACGAGUGGAAAUUAAAAGCAACUAAAGCUGAGAUAGCCCAGCUUCAAGAGCAAUUAGCUCUCAAAGAUGCAGAAAUAGAACGGUUACAAAGUCAGCUAUCUAGGACCUCAUCACAUAGUGAAGUGGCAGAAAGAGAUCAAGAAGUUCAACGGUUGAAGAUAGGAAUGGAAUCGUUAUUGGCUGCAAAUGAAGAAAAGGACCGUCGAAUAGAGGAGUUAACACUAUUGCUAAGCCAGUACAGGAGGGUCAAAGAGAUAAUGAUUGCAGCUCACGGCUCUUCCGUCUCUGGUGGCAGUGAAGAGGAACUUGAGACAACUUUAAGAAAGUGGAAUCUUUUGCAUAAUCCUCAAGGAGAAUUAUUUAAAACACAGGUCUCUUCAGGAGAAUUGUCACCAGCUAUGCUCUCUCCAGUGCCACACAAAGCUAUGGAAAUCAGUGGAAGCAUUCCAGUAUCUUCAAGUAAUUUAACCUCUCCACAAGAAGAAUCUUUGGAAAUCGUAAAUAGGGUUCCACAGAAAAAAAAGUCAAGUAGUUUAGAAGACUUGCAGAGUGAAUCCCUAGAAAAGAGUAAGCCACUUGUGAAAGGCAGCAAGUAUCAAACCUUGCCAGGAAAGCUGCCUCGACCCUUACAGAACGGAGAGCAGGGAACAUAUAAUUUGCCAGAUGGGUGUGGCACGAACGACAAUGAGGACAACAGCAUCCUGGGCCUAAAUCGCAUCAGGAGUGUCAGUGCGCCAGUGCUAGGAGAAACGGAGAAUGUGGAUGGUACCGUAGUCUCAGAUGACCUUUCACCUCUUUCUUCGGGAACAGAUUCAGGUCCACAAUCUCCAUUGUCUCCAGAAAACAGAAAGAGUCCAAAAGGGAUCAAGAAAAUCUGGGGAAAAAUAAGAAGAACUCAGUCAGGUAACUUCCCUGCAGACGACCUGGGUUUGGCAGAGUUUCGAAGAGGUGGUCUCCGUGCAACAGCUGGACCUCGGUUAUCCAGAUCAAAGGAAACCAAAGGCCAGAAAAGUGACUACAAUGCGCCGUUUGCUCAGUGGAGCACUGAAAGAGUUUGUAACUGGCUUGAGGACUUUGGUCUUGGUCAGUACGUCAUUUUUGCACGGCAAUGGGUGACUUCAGGCCAUACGCUGUUAACUGCGACACCUCAGGACAUGGAAAAGGAAAUGGGAAUAAAGCAUCCGCUGCACAGGAAGAAACUAGUUUUGGCCAUUAAAUCAAUAAAUGCAAAACAAGAUGAGAAGUCUGCACAACUCGAUCAUAUCUGGGUGACACGAUGGCUUGAUGAUAUUGGUUUACCUCAGUACAAAGACCAGUUUCAUGAAUCCAGAGUUGAUGGGAGAAUGUUGCAGUACUUAACUGUGAAUGACCUUCUUUUUCUGAAAGUCACCAGUCAGCUGCAUCAUCUGAGUAUUAAAUGUGCCAUUCAUGUGCUGCAUGUCAACAGUUUUAACCCCCACUGUCUACGCAGGAGACCAGUUGAGGAGAAUAACGUUUCACCUUCUGAAGUAGUUCAGUGGUCCAAUCACAGAGUGAUGGAAUGGCUCAGAUCAGUCGAUCUGGCAGAAUAUGCACCAAACCUUCGAGGAAGCGGAGUGCAUGGUGGCCUGAUUAUUCUCGAGCCUCGCUUCAACGGUGACACACUGGCAAUGCUGCUGAAUAUUCCACCUCAAAAGACCCUACUGCGACGCCACCUAACAACCAAUUUUAACGUAUUAAUAGGACCAGAGGCACAGCAAGAAAAAAGAGAAAUAACGGAGUCAACAGCAUACACACCUCUGACCACCACUGCCAAAGUUCGGCCAAAGAAACUUGGAUUUUCACAUUUUGGAAACUUAAGAAAAAAGAAAUUUGAUGAAUCAACAGACUACAUUUGUCCUAUAGAUACAAACCCAGCUGCUACGAACGGUACUCAGAAAAACUAUGGUGGAUACAAAGGACUUAGUCCAUUCACUGAUAGGGAACUGGACCAGAUGGAACAUUCAGAAGGAACAGUAAUGCAAAUAGGGGCUCUUUCUCAAGGCAUAAGCCAUCUUACGACGAUGUUAAGCCAAGAUGAAAUGCUGAAUGACAGCCGAUUUUUAACACCUACCUUUGAAGACGAUGUUUCAACAUGACAAAGAACACUAAUACCUCAUGCCUGUCCAGAGGGCUGGCCAGGAGAAGCUUGAUGCUGUGGUGCAGAAAAGCUUCACCUCUUUUCUGCCAACGAGACUUAUCACGUAGCAUUUAAUAUUGUCAAAGUAGCAAUGCAUUACGGGUAACUCUCCUCCACGCCGUUUUCUGUAUUUCGUAAUGUGAAAUAGGUGUCGAGAGAGGUGGUACUCACAUCCAGAGUCUGGAAAGCCAAGACUGGCAAUACAUUUUACCCUUUUAUUCAGUCAUCUUUUACGUGGUAUGUUUAUGUACUGUUAUAUGAAAGAUCUUUUGUAAUUUUUUAUUUUUGUAAUUAAGUUGUAAUGCAGGAAUCAUUAAUACUCUAUUGUACCAUGUGUACUAAUCAGAGCCACCUAGAAAUUCAGAUGGAUGCUGCUGAGUGCAGCAGUAAUGGCUCACUAACUACUACUGCAGUCUUGCCAGAGACUGUUUCCCAUAAAAGGAUUUUAAUCUCUCAUCCCUUUCAUUAGCACAUGUCCUGCCCUCUUUUUAUCUUAAGUGCAGCGUAGAAUGGGAAGAAAGGACCAUAAUACUAUCCAUCAAGCCCUUGGUUUUAUCAGGAGGAUGCCAAUCAAGAUGGCAUGUUCACAAAUCUUUGCCUAACUCAAAAGAUGAACAACUACAGCAGGAAAUGUAACUUUGAGACUACCAGAAAAACUGAUGGACUCAAAAGCUGGUGCUUCAUUUAAAGUGAUUUUUUUUUUAUCGUGUGAUUUUUACACGUGCACUAAGAUGUUCACGAUCAAGAAGCAAUCACAACACUUACUUAACUAAUGUAAAAUGUAGCUUUAAGAAUGGUGUUCCCUGCGCUCUGUAGGGUAAGCGCAACAGAAUUUCCAGCAUGAUCCAUUGUUUGGUUUUAAAUGGGAGUUCUUUAACUAGAACUAUUGAAUGGGC